AGAAGACGAUAAUGUAACCCUGGCUGGAAAACCCAGUCAGUCACGGCAAUCCGCUCUAGUAUCAAGAUCGUCUGGGACAAGAACAACUGAAAGAUGGCCAAUAUGAUCGUGGCGUUGGUCCUUGCUUUGGGUCUGGUGCUGGGUGCCUCUGCACAGUACGAAAGCCACGGCAGAAUCCCAGAGCCGCGGGUUGCUCGCCCCGUGACGGAGACCGUGACGAGGACGGACACGGUGACGCACACGUUCCGCGUGACGACGACGAGCGACAUCUGGGUGACGGAGAGCACCUUCGUGGAGCUCCCCGUGACGGUGUACACGACGGAGCGCGACUUCGUGCCCGAGGUGGCCAGGACGGUGACCUCGGUGCUCAGGGUCACCACCACACCGGUCGCCAUCAAGACCGCCGAGGAGUUCGUGAAUCCCUCCCGCACCUUCGUCUCCGUCUUCACCAGCUUCGUGACCACCACCGAGACCGUUAAAUUCUGGCAGAGCAUCUACCACGUGUCCACUGAUUACCAGAUUACCACCCUACCGGUUUGGACUACCCAAGAACUUGUCCAGCACGUAAUCACCACCACGACCCAUUACGUUACCAACUUCGUUACGUCUACGCAAGGGUACUACGGCCAUUAAUAGCAUAAUAAACCAUGGUGCAUA